AUGGAAUCGCAGAAGCUUGAUCAUCACUUUGUUCUGAUACCCUUCAUGGCUCCAGGUCGUCUUCUUCCCAUGGUGGACAUAGCCAUACUGCUGGCUCGUCAGAAUAAAGUGAAGGUGACCUUCGCCACCACACCCCUCAACGCCGUUAGGGUUCAGGCCACCAUUGACAGAGGGAUCCCCCAGUCUGGUAAUAAUUCAUCCCUCCAAAUUCAACUUUUUCAAUUCCCAAAUGCUCAAUCUGGUGUCCCUGACGGAUGCGAGAGCCUUGAUACCCUACCUUCCAAGGAUCUUCUCACAAAAUUUUACGAAGCUAUGGGUAUGUUGCAGAAGCCUCUUGAACAACUCUUUGAAAAGCUUAGUCCCACUCCAACCUGCAUUAUAUCUGAUAAAAACAUUCUAUCUGUAGCUGACAUUGCAAAAAAGUUACAAGUUCCCAGAAUAACAUUCGAUGGGACAAGUUGUUUCAACAUGUUAUGCACUCACUGUCUUCGUACUUCUAAGGUUUAUGAGAAUGUCUCCAAUGAUUCUGAACCAUUCAUCGUCCCUGGAUUACCCAAUGAAAUUGCAUUUAAAAGAUAUCAGCUUCACACUUAUAUUAUUAAUAAUAGCAAGCAAAUGGGCAUCUCUGGAUUUCGUGAGAAAAUCUGGGAAUUUGAAGAAGCAGCUUAUGGGGUGAUAGUGAAUAGCUUUGAAGAGCUGGAAGAUGAAUACGUGAAGGAGUAUAGAAGAGUCACAGGUAGAAAGGUUUGGUGUGUCGGACCAGUCUCACUCUCAGACAAGAACUUCAUGGAUGAAGCUCAGAGAGGAAACACAGACUCGAACCAAGAAGAAGAAGAAGAAGAAGGACAAUAUCUGAUGAAGUGGCUUGAUUCAUGGCCAGCAAGAUCUGUCAUCUAUGUCUGCCUUGGAAGCUUAAACAAUGUAACACCAGGACAAUUAAUGGAGCUUGGUUUGGGACUGGAAGCUACAGGGAGACCAUUCAUUUGGGUGCUGAGAGAUUCAAACAGAAGAGAGGAAAUGGAGAAGUCACUGAAGGAAGAUGGAUUGGAGGAGAGAGUGAAAGCAAGAGGACUGAUAGUAAGAGGUUGGGUGCCUCAAGUUCUGAUACUGUCACACAAAGCAAUAGGAUCAUUCUUAACACACUGUGGAUGGAACUCUACACUUGAAGGGAUAUGCAGUGGAGUGCCAUUAAUAACAUUUCCUUUGUUUUCUGAUCAGUUUUAUAAUGAGAAGGUUAUUGUGCAGGUGCUGGAGGUAGGUGUUAGGUUGGGAGCUGAGAGUGCUAUGAAUUUUUGGGAAGAAGAAAAGUAUGGGGUUCAGGUAAAGAGGGAAAAAGUGACAGAAGCAAUAGAGAAAGUGAUGAGCGAAGAAGAUGAAGAGAGUGAGAGGAUAAGAGAAAGGGCAAGGAAUUAUGCAGAGAAAGCAAAAAAGGCAAUGGAGAAAGGUGGAUCUUCAAGCCUGAACAUGUCGUUGUUUAUUGAAGACAUAGAACAGGUCAUGAGGUUGAAGAUGAACGAAGAAGUUGAAGCUCAACAGAAUCCAAAUGCAUAAAAGCGUUUGCUUGAUAUAUAUGUCCACUCUGGGGUCUGAAAAUCGUUAUAUAUUUUAACUCUUAUGGUGUGUGUGUGUGUGUGUUUUUUAUAAUU